AGUGCUCUCAGAAUCUUCAAAGAAUAAUCAAUUAAUUAAGUAUGGCGAUCUUUCUUAAGGUUUAAAGAAGCUAGUCCACAAUAACGGUUGUAUUAUUCAAGAUCUCAGUACUGACUUUCAUUUUAAUUCUUUUCAUUGGAUACGGUUUCUCUGGAAAGUUAACUAGAAGUAAAAGUUUUUUGAGUUUUUAAUUGAUUUAUAUAUUUAGUUGAAUUAUUUUUUAAGCUUGUGGGAUAGGACUGUGUGUAUCUGUUACAAAUAUUUGCAAACAUGUAUCCAAUAAAUGCGUAAGAAGACGAGAAAAAUGUUGCAAAGCAAGAUGGCAUUACACUUAGCCGAGAGACUGGAAAUGCUUAUUUAUUUAUGCAAUGAAUUGUUCCAUAAAAAAAUAACGAAAAAAAUAAAAAUAAACGUCGAUGUCUUCUUAACAUUUUAUGGAUAUGGAUAAAUACCGCCUUGCAAAAUCUUUUAAAACAAUUAUCGAUGGGAAAAAAAGGAUAGAAGCGAGUUUGUUAGCCAAGAAAAAUCAAUUUUAUGGUGUAAUUGUAUACUGAAAAUAGGCAAUUGCAAUUAACAUGCUACAAUUCAUCUACCAUAAAGCAAUCAGAUACAUUUAAAUUAUUUCUUGCAUUAGACAAGAAUGGAUAAGGUUUCGAUGGUUUUUCUUAUAAUUUCUUUGCUGUCCAUGAUAAAUUACUCCACUGCUCCCACUCACCCUGAUUGUGGUCCAGCAGGUCGCUGCUACACUGUAAAUAAACACUUUGGAAGUUUUAGGCAGACAAGAUGCGUUCCUUGCAAAUAUCGUCCUAAACGUCCAAAUUUACAGAAUCAGUUAAAUAGUCAAAAUUAAAAUUGAAGUUAAGUACCUAAAAAACAUGCAAAGAUGUAACAACAACUGAUAUAUAAAUAAAAUAAAUGUAAAAUAUAUUUUAAGAGAGAUAAAAGAGUGAGCAGCAUUUAAAUAUUAGUAAAUACAACUUACUUCACAGAACUACAAACAGUUUUAUGUAGUGUGUGCAAAAAGCAAAAAAUAUUAAUGUAUACCAUGCAAAAUGGAGGCCACAUUAUGAAUACACACUCAUAUCUUUGUGUUUGUUCUGUUCGGUGAAUUUCGCUCCACCACUCCAAAAGGAACCCUUUUUUGCGAUUGUGUACACAUUUUUGCACAUUCUGUGCUGACCAACAUGCCGCAGGGCCGCCCAGUAAAACGUUUCUUAAAUAUCACGCAUACGCAGCGGGGGCCCGAAUGAAAUUAAGACCCUUUCAAGGGUGGCGGGCGGUAAGCAAAAGUAAUUUUACACUUCACCAAAGCGGAAUGUUGCCAAGAGAAAAAUAAGCGCAAAGGGAAAAGUCGAGAAAAGCGGAUAUGUGAGAGGAAACUGAAGCAAUCGGCCAAAACAGAAUGAUGCCCUGUGAUGACCGAUGAUGUGGCAAGUGCUUUAAUUGAAAACAAAACGUAUUUCAUGAAAAUGAAUAGCAAUUCGAUUAAAGCGAAUAAUUUCCAAUUCAACGCUUGCCACUUGUCAGAGUCAGAGGAGUAGCUUCCAUCGGCGAGAAGCAACAGUUUGUCAAUUUCCGCUGGCAGUGAAAUGGGGAAAAACAAGCUCUAAUGGGACCGAUGGAUGGAAAAUUGGUUUCGGUUUUUUUACUGAUUGGGUCGGCCAGAGUGCCUCUACAUGACAGAUUAAGCGAUUCACAGGUAAACUUUGUUUUCCAACGACAGACAAGGUAAGUACUACACAUUAGUUCUGUGUGCGCGACUGUACCUCACUUUGCUGCGUGUGCGAGACUGUACCUCUGUACGUGUGUGUGUGUGUGUGUGUGUGCGUGCUAUGUUCCACUUCAACAUCCAAGUCAUGCCUAUCAAUCCCACUAACCAAACUCUAUAAGCAAAUUCCCCCACUCCUUCGCCACUAUACUUUACAACGACCAAUUGUUGAGAUUUAAAAACAUUUUCUCCCACGCCCCCAGCAUGUGACAUGAACGUGCAUGCCCGCUGCAAGGAGAACG